AUGCCCGCUACCUGGACCCCCGAGGAACACAUUCCCGCGGAAAUCAAGGCGCUCCUGGCGGAGCCGUCGCCUAAUUAUGUGCUGACGUUCCUGCACAUUGUGGAGCUGCUCAAGACGCAGCGCCGCACGGGCUGGGUCGACCACGGCAUCUUGCCCUGCGAGUCCAUCAGCGACCACAUGUACCGGAUGGGCAUCACCAGCAUGCUGAUCAAGGACCCUGCCGUGGACCGCAACCGUUGCGUGCGUAUCGCGCUGGUGCACGAUCUCGCCGAAUCACUCGUGGGGGACAUCACGCCGGUUGCCGAAGUUACGAAGGAGGAGAAGCACCGCAGAGAGUGGGAAACCAUACAGUACCUCUGUCAGCAGCUCAUUGCCCCGUACAACCCGGUGGCCGCCGACGAGAUUAUGCGCGACUGGCUGGCGUACGAGAACACCGAUUGUCUGGAAGCACGCUACACAAAAGACAUUGACAAAUUUGAAAUGCUGGUCCAGUGCUUCGAGUACGAGCGUCGCCACGGCGGGACCAAGAACCUGCAGCAAUUCUGGUCCGCGGUGGACAGCAUCAAGACGGAUGAGGUCCGCUCGUGGGUCCAAGACCUACAGGCUCGGCGCAACCGCUUUUUCGAGUCCCUCGCGCACUAA